UCUUAAACAUAGAGAGGGUGUCUGCACCCCGGACUGAAUCCGGUAGAUGGUUCCAUAGAAGAGGAGCCUGAUAGACUUACUGUCCCUUCAGUUGUAAAGCAGCCAAGAUGGCAGAGCUGAUUCAAGAUGAGGUAUUCAUGGCUUUCACCACCUAUGGUGCUAUGGUCAUUCUGAAGAUGAUGCUGAUGGUGCCGAUAACUACAUAUUACUGCCUCACCAGAGGGGUAGGUAACAAUAGUUCCCUUUUAUUUUAUGGUCCACUAUUUCACAUUAGAAACUUGAAUGUGAGUUCUGACCUUGCCCACUAUAGGUCAGGUUUUUGGACCUACCUGGAGUUUGAGCCUGGACACUGUUGGAUGUUUGAUGGCAAGCUACAACCCAAUGGAGUGGAACUAGAGACUCAGUUGCAUGCAGAAGAGAUUGAAAUCCCGGACUCAAGGACCUUGUCUCUUCACACACAACUAACGCAUUCUACAGUGCGAUAUUUGAAUAAAUGUCACCAGAAUGACCUGGAGAACAUUAUUCCCUUCGUGGUGGUCAGCCUGCUCUACACUCUGUCUGGACCUGAGCUUUCAGCCGCUCUGCUUCACUUCUUUGCCAGCUGUUGGAUCUUCCACACCACUGCCUACAUCGGUGUGGCCCAGCAGGGGUCUGUACUUGAUCCUGGGCAUUCUCAUGGUCUUCGGACCUCACGCACUAGUACAUGGUCGUCUGACCUCUCAUAUGUGCUCACGCAUCAGCCCACGGUCUUCGGACUCCAUGCAUCAGCUCACGCAUCAGCACAUGUCACCAGCUCACACAUCAGCACACGGUCUUUGGACCCCGCAUCAGCUCAUGCAUCAGCACAUGGUCGUCGGACCUCACACACCAGUUCACGCAUCAGCCUACAGUCUCUGGACGUCACGCAUCAGCCCACGGUCUCCGGACCUCACACGUCAUCUCUCGGUCUCCAGACCUCGCUCAUCAUCCCAUGGUCUCCGGACAUCACACAUCAUCUCAUGGUCUCCGGACCUCACAUCCUCGCAUGGUCCCCAGACCUAACACAGCAUCUCAUGGCCUCUGGACUCAUGGCUUUUUCCACUCAUCCUAGUGUCUGCCAACUCACUAUCUACAUCAUUGUUUCAUCUUCAUUCAUCCAAGCACUGGACCUGAGCUUUCAGACUCUCUGCUUCACUUCUGCCUCUUUGCCAGCAGUGUGGAUCCUCCACACUAUUGCCUACAUCGCCGCUCUCCCUCAUCCCAGCAGGGGUCUGUCCUGGAUCCUGGGCAUGCUAGUCACUUUCUCCAUGGCUCACAGGACGCUAAGUACAAUGCUCUUACUUUAGAGACGAUACUCGACCACCACUACACAUACAAACAUGUAUACAUACUAGGGGUGUGCCCA